CGUGGUUAGCUAGCGUUAGCCUGAAUGAAGGGAAUGCUAACCGGCUAACCUGUAAUCAACCUGGCCGGGAUUUAACGGUUCCGGUAACGCCGGCGCGGCAUUAUGUUAGCCUCCCGUUUGCAGUUUAUUAUUCUGGUUAGAAAACGUUCAGGACGUGGGCGAGGAGAGGAUAUUUCCUGAGUGGAGGCUGUGUCUAGCUCCCCGACUGAAGGAGUUUUUCGGUCUCCAUUGAGGUGCACCAAUUUUGGAGCUGGCAGCUUUGAUGCAGCACGGCGCUGAAAAGAGUCCAAGAUGGCGGAAGAGGUGAUUGUCAUUGCCAAAUUUGACUACAUGGCGCAGCAGGACCAGGAGCUGGACAUCAAGAAGAAUGAGCGUCUCUGGCUCCUGGAUGACUCCAAGUCCUGGUGGCGUGUGCGCAACGCCACCAACAAGACCGGAUUUGUACCGUCCAAUUACGUGGAGAGGAAGAACAGCGCCAGGAAGGCCUCCAUUGUCAAGAACCUGAAAGACACGCUAGGGAUCGGGAAGGUGAAGCGGAAAACCGGAAUGCGGGAGACGGCGUCGAGCCCGGAUGCGGACUUCUAUGCGGACAACGGCGAGCGCCUGUAUGACCUGAACUUGCCGGCGCUCGUGAAGUUCAACUACACGGCUGAGCGGGAGGACGAGCUGUCCCUGGUCAAGGGCACCCGGGUUAUCGUCAUGGAGAAGUGCAGCGACGGCUGGUGGCGGGGCAGCUUCGGCGGCCGCUCCGGGUGGUUCCCCUCCAACUACGUGACGGAGGAUGGCGGCGUCGGCGGGGACGCGGCGGGCCUGCCCGAGAAGCUGGCGGCGGUGGUGCAGGGCGCGAACGGUGGGCGGGUGCUCCACGCAGUGCAGGCCCUCUACCCCUUCAGCUCGGCCAACGACGAGGAGCUGAACUUCGACAAGGGCGAGGUGAUGGACGUGCUAGAGAAGCCGGACAACGACCCCGAGUGGUGGAAGUGCCGCAAAGCGGAUGGGCAGGUCGGCCUGGUGCCCAAGAACUACGUGGCCGUGCUGCAGGAGGCGCAGAGCCCCGUGGGUGGGGCGGGCCCGCCAACGCCCGACUGCGACUACAUAGAGCCCUCAGCCAGUGGGCGCUUUGCUGGGAAGGAGUGGUACUACGGCAAGGUGACCCGGCACCAGGCGGAAGUGGCCCUCAACCAGAGAGGCACCGAGGGAGACUUCCUCAUCAGAGAUAGCGAGUCCUCGCCUAACGACUUCUCCAUAUCCCUCAAGGCCCAGACCAAAAACAAGCAUUUCAAGGUUCAGAUGAAGGACGACCUGUACUGCAUCGGACAGCGCAAGUUCAGCUCCAUGGAGGAGCUGGUGGAGCACUACAAAAAGGCGCCCAUCUUCACUGGCGAGCAGGGCGACAAACUUUACCUGGUCAAGGCACUCCCCGCCUCCUGAUCCAGACCACUGCCCUGCCCGUAGUGCCACAACUGCUCCAGGACUGAGAGAUGGGGUGGGGAGGGGGGUAAAAAAUAGCAUUCCGACACCGGAGAGAAAGGGAAGGGGAGGGUCGGGGUGGGGAAACGAAGUAUGGACUCCCAUUUUCAUGCUCGGAGAUGUUCGGACACUUCCACGUAUCAAAGCUAUGAUUCUGUUUAGGGCAUAGGUGAUGUACUUCAUGUCGAUAUGUAUUAGUUAUAACUAGGCUUUCUUCUGUCGAUACACAUAUAUUCAUUUCUUUUGGUAACCGUGUCCUUUUAAUUUCAAGAUGGCGAAACUGCAUCGCACAUUUCCAGAGUUUCAUGCAGUCUCUCGUCACAGGGAGCUGAGCUAACCUUUUCUAACUCGAUCACAGUGGGUGACCAAAGCUUAUUUAUUAGCAAGGGUGUAGUGAACGUCACUCCGAGCCCCGGCCGCCUGUAUGAAUCUGACCCGAGGCCGAGCGGUUGUUUUGAUAUUUGCAAACAGCUUAUCACGAUGAAGAGGCUGCAUCGACACGGAAUGCCAGGCGCGUUGCUGAGGGAACCGUUCUGUAUUCAAAAGGUCUAUUCUUUCAGCAGUGAUGACUGCUUCCUUAUCAGUCUAGACGGGUUAAAGUCCUGUGUGCCGAGAGCCAUCAGACACUGACUGAUGUUAAUAGAAACUCAAACCUUUUCUCGUGUCCAGCAGUGAGACCGAACUGGGAUCAGCCACAUGGUCUCACUGUAACAUUUGCUUGUGACAUUUGCAUGUGCUCGUUUCCCUGUACUGGUUGGUGCACAGCCAGCCAUGCGGACACAGGUCCUGACUGGGUGGGGUAUCAGAUACUCUGCUGGACUCAGAAGUCCUUCAGCAGUAAUCCACCUUUGUGUGUGGCGUGGGCCGUGUGGGAGUAUUGCGGUUUGCGGUCAAGCUGGCAUGAAGGAUGUCUGUGGGUCACACGAGUAGCAGCGAGGAUGCCGGGUGUCCGCCGGAGUUACUCGGCCCUCGUGUGACGGACAGCUGCAUGUGGUCAGGGAUCAUGUGGAAGCUGACUGGAAGGAGAUGUUUUGUGCUGGAACUCAGCUCAGCUAGGUGGGCACACGGGCACAGGUGAAACUUUUUUCUUUUGGCUAAAAACGGAAAACAUUUACAUGGGGGGAGGUAUCAGGAGGCAGUGGGAUGCCUCCUGCAGGGGGUGCUAUUGGACAGGGACCAGGAUGCUGAGGGUUGGACAUUAGCCUUCACUGAUGACUUCCCCAGCUGGGGGCUAAACUGGGGCGAGAGAGCGUGGUGGGGUUUUUCAAGGGGGUGUAUGGAAAAACGCGCACACACAGCUAAGCAGAGUAGUGAGUCACGGGUGACUGUGAAGGUUUACAGUGAAAUCCAAUCUGCAAUAUCUUUCAAGAGCGAAAAACAGGCACGGCGCUGUGGACGGAGAAGCGUGUGGACAACACCCUGGCCGGUCCUGGAGUCCCUGGAGUGUGUUCAAAGCAGAUGGCCUGCUCCUUAAAACACGAUAAAGGAGCAGGAAGAAGGCAGCACGCGGUCGAUGCUACCCAAACCAAAGGUUUUACGUUCGGCGUGGCGCACAGCGUCUCUCCCGCCCGGCCUUGCCUUCUCUAUUUGAGUACUGCUUUGCAUUUGCGUAAAUCCGACGUCGUGCGGCGGGGUAACGGCAGCCUGCGCACUUCAGACGUUCAGCGCGACCUGCGUGCUGUGCCUUGUGUUGAUGUGCCGCUGUGAUAUGCUUAUGUACAGCUCACCCCUGGUUCGUUCUUUCUUUGUCUAGCGAGAAGCGACCUUAACCGUGCAGCUGUGUGCCCUCAGCGUGGUGGGCUGUUACUCUGUAGGUUCAUGUCUGCACUUUUUUGUUUUGAGCAGGCUGACUGUACAGUACAUCAUUUAGAUAAUUCAAGGUUUACAUUUAUAAUGGGGAUGAUUAAUCAGUUCCGUGCUCUAACGGGCAGGUGUCAUUUGUGUGACUGAGCUGUAUUGUGAUUUACAUUUAGCAGACGUUAUUGAGACCUUGCCAGUUUUUUUUUCUUAAAUGUCUUUGGCAACAGGAGCAAAAAAGGACAUGUAAUGGUGUAAUAUUUACUAGAUUUGAUUCUUGAAUAGUCUCUACUGGACACAUGAACUCUCACCUGGCCUCUAAAAUGGUCACGUAUAGAGUGACUGCAGCCUUGUAGGUGAUUGUGUGGCCGAUUCAUUGAGGAAAUUAAGAUGUAGUCACUGUCUGUCUCUCUCUCGCUCUCUCCUUUCCUGGUGUGCUUAGUUUUGCUCUUCCCUUUAAAUGUGGCCAGGUUCCCUGUUGAUCCAUCCCUGUUGUUAUGGGAACCAGCAGCAGGUAUAAAGGUGACCUGUUAUGCCACCACCGACCCAGACAUUUCCUUUUACCCAACCGUGCUGUCGUCACACACCACAUGGUAAUACUGCUCAUCUAGGGAAAGAUUUUUGGUUGCCAUACUUGUGCAGGCUUUCCUAACCCUGCUCCCAGAGUUCACGGUGGGAUACACGAAGACCAGGUGUGGGAAGCCCUGUCCUGCUGACUAGGGGGUUUCCUCCUGUCCGUGCAGGCCUAGAACAGCCCUCGUAUUUCGCGACUCGAUGACCGUGUGCCCAGGUGUCUGAGUAAGAAGGCGUGUCUAGAAACGGGUCUCCCGGGAACUGCGUCCAUCAGGGUGGAAAAGCCAAACGUUCCCUGGAUCGGCAGUAUUACUGUAAAGAGUCACUAACAAAAGAACCCUGUGAAUUUUGAUGGCUCACGUGGGAAUGACUUGCCUUCAUGUAUUUUCUAACCUUAAGCAUGUCACAGAUUAAUUAUUACUUACCAUGAGCCUGUGGGGAGGGGCAACCUGUACUUGCUUUGUCAAACAGAGGAAAAAAAGAGACAGAGCUCUGGGCCAGACGAUGCUGUGAAAAUGACUGUACAUAUGCUCACUAUCUACGUGGAACUAAGAGUCCUUUUCCUAUCUAACAGAACUUUAUUAGACUGUUCAAAGGAAGUAAUAAAGUGUGUAAACCAGU